CCGAGAGGCUCGGUCGCCCGGCUCCGUGGUCCCCGGCUAGGCGGCGGCGGCGGUGGCGGCGGCGGCGGCGGCGGCGUCUCCUCCGUGGGGAGGCGCGCAGGGCCAUGACGUCAGCGUCCACAAAGGUCGGAGAGAUCUUCUCGGCGGCGGGCGCCGCCUUCACGAAGCUCGGGGAGCUGACGAUGCAGCUGCAUCCCGUGGCCGACUCUUCCCCCGCGGGCGCCAAGUGGACGGAGACGGAGAUAGAGAUGCUGAGGGCUGCGGUGAAGCGGUUUGGGGACGAUCUUAAUCACAUCAGCUGUGUCAUCAAGGAACGGACAGUGGCCCAGAUAAAGGCCACCGUGAAGCGCAAGGUAUACGAAGACUCUGGCAUCCCCCUUCCAGCUGAGUCGCCCAAGAAGGGCCCCAAGAAGAUGCCGUCUGGUGUCCUGUCCCCUCCUCCAGCUGCCCCUCCACCAAGCAGCUCCAGUGUCCCUGAGGCCGGGGGUCCCCCCAUAAAGAAACAGAAGGCUGAUGUGACACUCAGUGCUCUGAACGACUCGGACGCCAACAGUGACCUGGUGGAUAUCGAAGGGCUGGGAGAAACUCCUCCAGCCAAGAAACUCAACUUCGACCAGGACAGCCUGACCCUGGAUUCUGGCCUUCUCAUGACCUCUGCUGACCCUCCUCCGCUCUCUCGCUGAGCCUUCCGCCUCUGACCCCUCUCACUGUUCCCCCUGGACCUGUGGAUCGCCCAGGACUCCGAGCAGGCCUGCCGAAGAGAAGGUCAAGAGGCUGCUGGGGCCACACGCCUCGCCGUUCCUGUACGCGCAUCUGCCCCCAACCCCUCUGACCUCCUUCCGAUGGACUUUUUUAUACAGAAAACAAUAAAGAUUGCCUUCUCCUC